AUGUUUCCGUUCGAAGCCAAAGCUACGUCCACGGCUGCCGCUUACAAGGCAGAGAACGACAAGAGAAAUUCGUGGAUUUCUCAGAAGAAGCUUCCAAUGGACGAAUCUAAGCAAAUCGGGAGUAGUGCUUUGGCGAAGAUCUCGGCUGCCUAUCAAACAGCAAAUGAAGGCAUUUCAGCCAUCGGAGCGUCUUUUGUGUCAGACAUCAUCAAGUCCAAAAGAAGAGAGGAAAGCCUGCUAAAGAAAGAAGUAGUGAAAGUGACUAUGGAGGAUGUGCAGAAGAUCACAAUGUUGGCAAUGAAAGAAGACAGUCCGGAGAGGGAUCGAGACGCGUUGCUGGCAAUUCUAUCGUUCAAUGUCAUGCUAAGAGCAUCGGAAGCCGCUAAGAUCAAGUGGGCAGGAGUAACACAGAAAGAUGAGUAUGAUUGA